AUGCCUCGCACUGACGCGCCUGCUGUCCCAUUCGCCUGUUAGAGAUAAGAUGCUCCCUCCCUCCCUGCAGCAAGUGAUUUGGCUCGAAACGGGGCUCUCGCCAUGGAGCUGCCGCUCCCGCUCUCCCCUCCGCGCGCCCACGCCGCCCUCCUCACCUGCAGCUCCACUCCCAUCGCCUUCGGGCUCCGCUCCCACUCCCACCCAGCCGCUCCGAGCCGCGGCGCUUGGCCGCUCCGAGCCCGCAGGAACAAGAACUACCGGAGCGAGGAGGACGCGGCCACCGCGGAGCCCAAAAUCAUCACCCUCGGCCGGCCGGGGAAGAGCCGGCGGCGGGGCAACAGGAAGCAGCUGCCGCAGAAGGCAGACGCCGACGGCGAAGGCGAGGACGAGGGUGACGACGACGACGAGCGCGACGUGGCAAUCCCGGAGGUGGUGACGAACCGGAUGAUGCGGCGCGUGGGGGUGUCGGUGGGCGCGCCGCUGGCGCUGGGCGUGGGCUUCUUCCCGUUGUUCUACUACCUCAAGGCGGUGCGGAAGGUGGACGUGCCGACGUGGAUCCCCUUCGGCGUCUCCUUCGUCUUCUUCGGCGCCGCGCUGCUCGGGGUCAGCUACGGCAUCGUGUCGGCCAGCUGGGACCCCGCCAGGGAGGGCUCCCUGCUCGGCUGGAACGAGGCGCGCCGCAACUGGCCCGUCUUCUGGGACUCGCUCCGGGGCCGCUCGCGUGGAUAGGCUAGCUAAUCAAUCGAGGCCAGUAAUUCCACUCGUAUCUUAUUUGCUACGUAUUUUACUUGUCAUGGCCAUUCUUGGAUUUCUUGCAGUAGACGUAGAGUGUUCUAAUAGCGUUUAUCUUUGAGGCUACGUAGUACGUAUUCCUUCUUGGUGGGUUAUACACGUCAACAGCUUAUAGCUCCAAUGGGUCUGAUAUGUUUCAUUGCGUCGAUUAUGCUAUGCUACAAGGGACCAGUUCACGCCUGUUGACCUGUUGUGAAUA